AUGGCUACCAGUCAAGGAAGUGAAGCUAUUGCUCAACACAGUUUACGCAUAACAGAUGUUGUGAACGAACCAUUAGCAUUUCUCACACCUAUUGGUGGAUAUGAGAAUAUGCCAUUGGUUUCGUUAGAAGAAGCAGUUAAACCAUUGGUUCCACUUUUACCAGCUGUUCAAAGUCAUGCCUACGUCGCUAAACAAAGAUGUGAACAUCCUACCGAUGACUUGACAUCAGAUGAAUCAGCUUCAAUCAUGCUCUAUACAAUGAGUUGGGUUCCAGAGGAUAAAUGUCUCUAUGUUGCCCUUAAUAAAACAUUACGAUCAUCAGAAAACCGAGAUCAAAACCUUAAGCCAUGGUAUCUUUAUUUGAGACUUUUUCUCAAUGCCCUUUACCGUCUUCCACCACUUCGGGGCAUCGCAUAUCGAGGUGUGAAGUUGAAUAUAAAGGAAAGAUACCAUAAGGAUAAACUGAUCGUUUGGUGGGCCUUCUCGUCGACUACCAUCACUCUUGAUGUUCUCCAAUCAGAACAGUUUUUGGGACUGACCGGCGAGAGAACAAUUUUCAACAUAGAAUAUGAAUCAGCAAGGGACAUUCGUAAUCAUUCGUUUUUUCCAUGUGAAGAUGAAUUAUUACUUAUGGCAGCUACUCAGUUCAAAGUGAUUAGCAAAUUAAAUCAAGGUAACCUGUGUAUUAUUCAUCUUAGAGAAACUCCACCACCGUUCCCACUGCUACACCCAGUACCACUUAUUGUUCCUCCAGUACACGGUCCGGUAUUACAAGAGCCAAUCGCAAGUGCAAAUGUUAGCACAUCGCCUAAAUUAUCGAAACCUGAACACCGAAACAGGGAUCUUGAAGAAAAUAUAUCUAAACAGAAAGGCAAAUCUUGUGUAGAUUUGUGUUCGAAAAAUCUGACCGCACAAGAUAUGGAAAUUGUGGUAUACUAUCUUAUGUUUAAUAAUCAAUUCGAUUUCACUGGUAUGAAAUGGUUAAUAUUUAAAACAACAUCUUUGUUCAGUGGAACCCACAAACAAAACGGUGCAAACGAAAAAGAAAACCAAAACAAAACACUCACCACACUCAACCCCGAAGUGAAUAAAAUCGGAGAUGAAGGCGCCAGGCAUUUGGCCGACGCGUUAACGCACAACACAACACUCACCACACUCAACCUCGAAGUGAAUAAAAUCGGAGAUGAAGGCGCCAGGCAUUUGGCUGAUGCAUUAACGCACAACACAACGCUCACCACACUCAACCUCUCGUCGAAUAAAAUCGGACAUGAAGGCGCCAGGCAUUUGGCUGAUGCAUUAAGGCACAACGCAUCACUCACCACACUCAACCUCGAAAUGAAUCAAAUCGGAGAUGAAGGCGCCAGGCAUUUGGCUGAUGCAUUAACGCACAACACAACGCUCACCACACUCUACCUGAGAGGGAAUCAAAUCGGAGAUGAAGGCGCCAGGCAUUUGGCUGAUGCAUUAACGCACAACACAACACUCACCACACUUGACCUCUCGAGGAAUAAAAUCGGAGAUGAAGGCGCCAGGCAUUUGGCUGAUGCAUUAAGGCACAACACAACACUCACCACACUCGACCUCUCGUGGAAUGAAAUCGGAGAUGAAGGCGCCAGACAUUUGGCUGAUGCAUUAACGCACAACGCAACACUCACCACACUCGACCUCUCGCAUUUGGCUGAUGCAUUAACGCACAACACAACACUCACCACACUCUGCCUCAGUGGGAAUUAA